CAUUUAACAUGAUUGAUCCGCUAAUAGGACAGAAGAGCAGACGCACAACUUCAGCUUUAAAUCUACCCACGGUUCCUCUUUCCUCCUUUCUUUCCACUUCAACUCAAACGAGCUUGAUGUGAGCGAGGGGGGAAAAAAACUCCAAAAAUCACCUCCUUUCCCUUCUGUCACCCUCACAGAGCACCUCUCACCUUUACUUUCGGAUUGUGGCUUUAACUCACGGCUUCACUGGGCACAAACGACACCAGAUUCUCUUCUGCAACUUUAACGCACACCAGGGACAAAAUCACCGACAGGGAAACUGAGUUUUUAUUUUUCUGGCACAAAGAAGCGUUAAAGUUACACAAUGAGUCUGAAGUCAGAUUCAGAGACGAACACCAGUGUUUCAUUAGAGGAGGAGGUACGAACACUAUUUGUCAGUGGGCUGCCUGUCGACAUCAAACCACGUGAGCUUUACCUGCUGUUCAGACCCUUCAAGGGAUAUGAAGGAUCUCUCAUAAAACUGACCUCAAAACAGCCUGUGGGGUUUGUCACGUUUGACAGCCGGUCUGGGGCUGAAGCGGCCAAGAAUGCGUUAAACGGUAUUCGCUUUGACCCAGAGAGCCCUCAAACGCUGCGUCUGGAGUUUGCUAAAGCCAACACGAAGAUGGCGAAGAGUAAACUGAUGGCCACGCCAAACCCUUCCAACCUGCACCCAGCUCUAGGUGCGCACUUCAUCGCUAGAGACCCAUAUGACCUGACGGGGGCAGCACUGAUCCCUGCGUCUCCUGAGGCGUGGGCUCCGUAUCCUCUCUACACCACUGAACUGACCCCAGGGCUGCCUCACGCCGCCUUCACCUACCCCGCCGCUGCUGCCGCCGCCGCCGCCCUGCAUGCCCAGGUGAGGGACCAACCGAUGCGCUGGUACCCUUCUCCCUCUGAAAGUUCUCAACCGGGGUGGAAAUCACGCCAGUUCUGUUAAAUAAUCAAUGCCAUCCCUUACCAGACGUUUUGUUUUAGUUUCUCCCUCCUGUUUAAAUGAAGGACAACUGGGCUCAGCAUUUAAUUUAAUCAGGUUUAUUUAAUGGACAAUCUAAGCAUGAAGGAUUGUUUUCCUGGAGGAAGUCUUCUACAAAGCACUCUGAGAUGCUGAGGACUCUGACAAACCUCACGGUACUGUCUCCGUUUCCAGAGCUGCGCUUGACGAGCCAAUCAGGCGCAGGCGUUCAACGUGUCUAGCUGCUCUGAUAGAUGUUUGUUUUUGAGGUCGUCAUUCUGCAUGCGAUUUAAGGCAUGAGUUCUAGAAUUCAAACCUUUUCUUUUCCGUCCCAGCCGACCCUAAAUGUUUUCAGCCUCUUGUUUUUGCAGUUUCUUUUGUGUGAAAGGUGGAGACCUGAAUUUUGACUUUUUUUUCUUUUUUUUCAAUCCAGUCUCUGUGUACUUUUGUUUUCUAUUUUUUUUUUUUUUUUAAAA